GACGUUGUAAUGCACUCGCUGCCGCAGGCUAGCUACCGUGUUGGCGUCUGCCUAAACCCGAUAUCAAUGUCUCAGUGGAACUUUGCACGAACACCGCUAACGCUUGUUAUUGGUAAAAUAUAAGGACCAUUGAUUCAUUGCGGCAUCUGCUCUCGCACGUGAUAUCGCGUUCCACACGCCUUUCGCAACAGGAUCGCGCGACGCACAUCCGUGCGCUACAUGCCGCAGCCCACCGCACAGAUAGCUAUUUGUGUGGCUUUGGUUUUACGUGCAAUUUUUAACUGUCCGUGAGCUGCGGAAAACCGUUUUUUGCCCCUGUUAACUAUCAGCGCCCCGUAUAGCAAUGCUUCGAAGUCUUUCCCCCGAUCAGCAGACGAGACGGCAUCUUGCACCCUCUGUUCUUUUGAUGAUGGCUGCCUUCUGCAGCGGACCGCCGCGCGUGUACGCUGGAGGACCAUUUGUCUACCCAAUCCCGACAGCACGACGCAAGAUUACGACCCCAACCCGAUCUCACCAGGAGUAGUGAUGGAGCCAUUGUGCAGUGAACUGGCAGAGCCUACAGUACGGGCCUCUGUUCUUCCUCACUUCCGGCAAACCGUCGAAAUGAUAGACACCAGUGGAGAGAAGUUCCAUUUCGGAUACGAGUGUGAAGGAAGUGCCACGGUGGCAAGAAACCUCACCAGAUAUCUUCCUCGUGGGCUGAGCAAUAAGUGGACGUUAGACUACACGAGUGGUGAUGCUGUCAACCUGGCAGUUGGAGACUCUUGCGUCUUCUUCAGUUGUUACCAAUACACCGUAAAUUCCUACCAGGACGGGAGAGUUGUCAGCAUCGUGCACCUCAUCAGUCUCAACAACACCUCUUGUGUCAUAGAUCUGAAUGAAUGUGCUCAAGGGUUGGCCAGGUGUGACCACGACUGCGUGGACAUCCGAGACGGGAAGUCCAGACAGCUACUUCUGCACCUGUAGGCAUGGCUUUGCCCUCAGCCAAGACCUUCACAGUUGCUACGAUGUGGAUGAAUGUGAAACAGGAGAACACAACUGUGACCAGAUAUGCACAGCGGAUGAUGACAGUGGAUGGUUCAACUGCUCCUGCAGAGAUGGGUUCACUAUGGGUGAAGACGGCCACACUUGCAUUGAUAUUGAUGAGUGUGAGACGAUGAAUGGGACGAUGCUGUGCCAGACAAACACAACAGGUCGUGAGUGUACCAACACCCCAGGCAGCUACCAGUGUCUCUGUCUGGAAGGGUUCGAGCUCAACGACCAACAGAACAAGUGCACCGGUAUACAGGAAUUCAUGUUAACUGCUCGUUCUAAGAACUCACAAUUAAGUGAAUGGAAGUUUAUGUUAUCGUGCUAGACAUCGAUGAGUGUACUGAGGGUACUAGUGUGUGCCAGCAAGGCUGUGACAACACAGAGGGAGGCUACAACUGUUCAUGUAGGACUCAGUGGUACAGACCGGAUGGUCAAUACAAUUGUACAGCAAUGGAUGUGUGUACAGAGCUGGCUGUGAGCUGUGGCGGCCACUCGAGCUGUGUCAAUUCUCCCGACUCUGAAGAGGGCUACAGUUGUGUAUGUGACUCUGGCUACAGACAAGAUGGGAACUCUUGCUCAGUUAUAGGUAUUGUCCAUGUGUACUGGGUCGGUGGUGUUGUACUCCUCCUCCUCUCUCUCGUACUUAUUGGAGUCUUCUUUCGUCUGAGACACAAGUAUCUCCAAAACAAACAUGACAUAGAGAAGAGAUAUGGUGUCUUGUUCAGUUACAACAUGAAGAAAGAGAAAGUCGAUCCCUCGUACGAACCAAUUGAUUUCAGUCCAAUGAGACCAUUAUCAUACACAUUCUCCCUCAUGAGUACGCUGGAACUCUAUGGCUAUUCAUCUCACCACUCUCUCUGCGAGAUAUCCAACGGUGAACUCACCACCGCGGAAGGAAAACUAUUCUCGCAGAAUGUCCGUUUCAUCAGCGAUGAAGAGAACCUUAGAGUCAGAAGAGAGCUGAGCGCCAUAGUUGAAGACAGAGAAGACAACGUGUCGGAGGGAAAAUUGUCUGAGAACGUCUCGCCUGAUCAGGACAGUGAAUCAAUUGGAAGCAAAGACUUCAGAACGUCAGCGUAUAGCGGCUAUGUUGAGGACGCACAAAACGUGUACCAGUCCCCUGGCCAAAGUUUAAGCUGUGGAGCUACUAUGUUAGCUAGCGCCAUUGAGGAAGAACAUGUGGUAGCAAGUGAUGGAUACGUCGAGGAGCAGGUGCUAAGCAAAUCUACUUCCAAAGCAGAGAAUCUCGAAGCAGGCGAUUGUAUCGAUGGAAUCAACACCCGUGCAAUAGCCAAACCCAUGGAGAAAAAUGAAAGUCAGCUGACACAAGAUGCAAAAGACAGUCCCAUCCUAAACGGUGUGAUUCCUUCAACAGAGGACAGCAGGAAGGGAGUAGACUCUCCUUUGCCAUGUGAAUCCUCAGCUGAUACAGUAUUCAGCAUGCAUCCUGCACCAGCUACCUUCCACCAAUUCACCCAAACAAGCACAGCAGUUACAUGCACCACAGGGAGUACCGAAACUAGCGGGUAUACAUGCGAAGAAGGAAACCCUAGCUUCUCAACAACCAGCUAUGUCACUGAGUCUGGAACGGCCACCAGCUCAGAGUCCAGUGGAUAUGCUUCAGAGUAUAUCUCAGACAAAAAAGGCGUCUCACUCUCAAGCCAGGCGUGUUGCAACAGUGAUCACCACAGACCCGAGUUUGCCGACAAGAGCACCUGUGCAGCUCCCUCUGACUAUGUCGGUGACGCGGGGCAGUGUAGUGUAGGGAACAAUAACACUGGCCUUUCCUCAGAGACAAUACAACCACCUCAUCAUCUCUUCAGCAAAGAUCAUCUCCAGAAACCAGUCCAGGAUCUCCACUCUGAGAUCAACACCCCUCCCCCUGAUUCUUACAUUAACUCUGAGAUGACUGGGGAGGACUCGUCUUUCUGCUCGGACGAUCACAUCGCACCUGUACAAUCGGUCACAGCAACCGGUGCAUGCACGAAUGGGGACUCUGACUGCCAGUGGCUACGUCCCUUAUCCGAUUAAUGGCAACACACAUCCACCACCUGCUGCAGUCACCAGCCAACACCUCUGCUGUGUUGCUGAUACCACGAGCACAGAAGUCCAACCGAUCAGAAACGGUGAAAGUUGCAUACCGCUCUCCACGAAAUCUCUUCAAGCAACUCCACGUGUGGCUGAUUCUGCCCCAGUUCAUGAUGUAUCCAGGGAUAAGGACUCUCUCGGGGAUCCUUCCAUUGAGUCGCGUGUCUUGGACUAUGAGCCUUGUGUGGAAAUCAUGCGAAUGACUAUGCAGGAGGAUGUGGCGAGCUCAAGUGGCUACAUCGAGACAUCUCAGCUUCACUUCAUUCCAUAACCCAACCACAGUACUCAAGUUUAAUUGCACAUUUUAUUAAUAACGCCGCCUUAUUUUCAGACUUCAAGUUAACCUAUCAAGUACUUCAAGUUAAAAUUAUAAUGUCUCACCAAUGUUAUAGUAUAUUUCCAUAAGUAUCUUCGGGCCG